AUGGAAAGAAUCACCGAGCUUGGCCUGCAAAAGAUGGACGAGCAAAAGAUCAGACUCCAUGUUGGCAAACUAAAUCUCGAUGUUGGUAAUCAAGUCAAGAAAGGCGCAAAAUUCGUGGCCUGGGCGCAAGACUGGGUUGGCAAAGCUACGGCCCUGUCCCGCGAAGCAUCCGCUGUAUGGUCGGUCGUGUUACUGGUGCUGCCCUUGUUGACGAAUCCAGUCUCUGCGAACGAGGCUAGAGAGAACGGUUACGAAGAGAUCACGUCGCUUUUGAAAUAUUACGUUGCUCAAGAGUCCAUGCUUCUCGGUACCGAGAAGGAUGGCAGCAAUGGUGUUGUAGCCGAUGAGGGGGCUAACAAAGGGAUAGCAUCCGAGUUGUCAGCACAGAGAGCCGAACUUCGAGGGCGCAUCAUCAAAUUGUACAAAGCGAUCCUGGACUUUCAGAUUCAGAGCGUCCUCCGAUUUUACCGGAAACGCUUCAUUGGCUUCGCCAACGACGCCCUUCGUCUGGAUGAUUGGGAAUCCUUGGUCCAAACGGUGAAAGACCAGGACGCCAGCAUUAAAGAGUUGAGCCAGCAGAUUUACUCAGCCCGGAUCAUCGAGCCUCUACUUGAGCUAAGAUUCCAAGCCAUUGAAAUACAAAAGCAGUGGCAAAGCCACCUCUUGGGCCUGGUGGAGCUUGCCAGAGAGAAUCUUGAUGUCAACAGGGCGAUACUUGGAACCAACACGGAGCAGAGCGAAACGGCAAAAGAACAGCUUGCAACCAUAUUACGACUGGAAAACUCUUUCAAAGAGUUCCACGACAUGGUCGCCAAAAAGUGGGCUGACAGGCCUGACGAGAAGACAAACUUCAUCCGACUACUAGCUAAGCAGGUUCUGCCAGCCUCGGGGGCUCAGAGAACCAAAGAUCGUAUUGCACCUUUGCAUACUAUUGCACAGGCUUUAUGUAGCGUCCUUCACCAGCUUUUUACCACUUACGACAUUUCGACUCAUCACGCACUCGUGGAAUACACGAGCCUGGGAGACGUGAUUGUUCUCGAUACAAACACGCUUUGGAAGAUCCUCGAGGCCGCUGCAAGUGACCUAGCCUCAGGUCGCAUCGUAGUAGUCUUUGAUGCUCUGGAUCAAUGCAAAGACCCCGAAAUCGGCAGGUUCAUCCAGGAACAUCGCAGGCCAAAGUCAACGCUACAGCUUACUGUAACAACACGGCCGCUCGAGUACAUCACCACUCAUUGUAUUGAUGCCUUCGAAAAUGAUGUAUUCUAUACGAAUGGAGAAAAUGAACAGGCCAUGGCGCGCAUUGCACAGGAAGUUGAAUGCAUUAUCGACAGUCGACUUGCCGGGCUGCCCAAGCUUCGCUGGAUAGAUACCAUGAAGGCGCGCCUCAAAGAACGGAUGCUGCAGGUCAACAAUCCUACAUAUCUCUGGAUACGUCUAGUCUUCGACUCCCUUGAGCCCAAGAAAGGACGCUCAUUCUUGCCUACAAAUCGAAGCAUCGACAAAUUACUUUCCGAGCUCCCCCAAGAUUUCAACGAAGCGUACGAUCGCAUCUUGAGUACAACGGCAGAUCCUGAUUUGCUGAGGUUGGCAAUGAGUCUUAUAAUCGCAUCAGAACGCCCAUUAUCGCUUCAGGAGAUUGACGCGGCUAUGCAGAUCACAGCAGAUUCAACUUCCCUUCAAGAAACGAAGGAAUGUCUUUCUGAUUCCGACCAAUUCGAGGACGCUUUGAAGCAAUAUUGCGGCCUGUUCAUUGUAAUCCAAGCAGGGCAUGUCUAUCUGUUACACGAGACAGGCCGUGAGUUUUUCACCCGCCCGCCCGCCAUACAGUCUGCCCAGUCUGCUGGCUCUUUCACAUGGCAAGGCUCCAUUAGCCUUCAACAGGCACACACUACGAUUGCGCACAUAUGCAUGUGGGCCCUAAGUCUUGAAGACCUGGUCGGUGAGGACGGGCUGUCAGUAUUCCUUGAUACUGAUGGGUCUCCAAGCACAAAGUUGCUCGACCGCAAUAGUUGGUCGAUUGUGCAGCCUCACACUGACUACCCCUUCAUCAUGUACGCUUGCCUGAACUGGGGCAUACAUGUACGAAAAGCUGGCAUAUUGGAUCAUGAAAUGACCAGCUUGUAUGAGCGCUUGUGUGACCCUGCAGAGUCUAUGACUGUGGGAUGGCUGCGGCUCUACUUGACCUAUCACUUCAUCCCUUUCAGCCCAAAAAACUUUGACAGUCUCGACGUGCAAGUUCUGCUGGAUCAUCGGAGCCAAGUCGCCGCCAAAAUCAAGGCCGAUGAUACGCUCUUGUUACCUCAUACUCUAAGCCCCGUUAUCGAGGAAUCCAACUUUUCAGUCCCAUACUUAUACCUUGCAUGUUUUGAGGGACACGAUGUUCUCGCUGAGGAUUUACUUAACGCGAAUGCCGAUCCAAACGAAACCUUCGGCCCUUAUUCUCCUCUCGUCUGCCUCAUAGAAGACUGCAAACCAGCCAUGCUUCGCUUGGUCCCGUCUUUUCUGGCAAAGGGAGUCAAGACUACGCCUUCAGAGUUCAACGGGUUCCCGGAGCGUACGCCUCUGUUUAUGGCAGCGAAGAGGGGGCUUGCCAGCAUUGCAAACAUGAUAAUGAUGCAUGAGAAAGCUCAGGGCUCGCCGAGUACAGCAUCGCUUGCGAUAUUUGGUGAGACUCCCUUGCAUGUGUCAUGGGAUUUGGAAACUACCAAGAUACUGCUGGAACAUGGCGCCGAUCCAACUGCUAGCAAUGAAGCCGGGCGUUUGCCAUGGGAGACCUACAGCAAGGAGCCUGAGGUCGUCAAGCUUCUGUUGACGGCAGCCGAAGAAGCCACGAUGUGA